AUGCCGUCUUUGCAAUUAGCUCCCGAUGUAUCGUCACAUUUUCCCGAUAUGGAGACAAUACCCACGCCUUCAACGAGGCUACUGAACAUCGUUAACGGAACUCAUUGUGGAGAAUAUUAUGACUUCGAAACUGGUCCCAGAGAUAUGGCUCUUUUUCUGUGUGCAUUCCUCCUUUGUGUCAUGAUCUUCGUGGGUUUGUUGUGGUCACUGAGGAAGUGUGUCCGGAGACUCAGAUGUCCAUACAGUCCCCGAGAAUCUGCUCUCGAUGCCGCCGAGCGGGGUGAAUCAGACUUCCUAGCUCCACACGAAGACUACACCCUGGCUCCCAACACCUCGUGGUGGGAGGUCGUGGUCAAGAGAGAGGCAGAAGAUCCCACGUUUGGACGGGAUUUGGUGGUAGCACCAGAGUACUUGAUGGAAGACGAGGUUCUGAGAUACGACCCUGACUACUGUCUCAAGUCGGGCGCCCUCUGGUGGGAGGUCGUGGAGGCUCAGGAAAGGGCGGGAAGCUGAAUACAGAACUUUAGGGGUUAAUUAUCCCCGGUGAUACAUAGACAAUCAC